CGCAGUGUCUCGAGAGCCGAAAUCGCCUUCAAAUUCGGACGCGAAAUUGACUAAUCAGUCAAAUUCCCGAUCUCGACGGAGCUGCAGGCGGCCUUGUGGUCGUCCGGAGGCGGAAGUGGCGGUCCCUGAGCACGCUAAUCCUCAUGCGGGCGGCUGGGGCUGCAAGUGUGAUAACUACCCCGCAGCCCCCGACGGGCACGCCUCACAAUCUCUAUCUGCUCUACCUCCACCAUGGCUGCCAGUAGCCCCGUCUCCAAGUUUCAGGACCACCCGCAGGGUUCGCGGACGUUCGCUCGCCAGCACGAGCUGCCCAAGCUGCCCGUCCCGCCCCUCGAGGACACCUGCCAACGGUAUCUCAGGGCCCUCGAGGGCCUGCAGGAUCCGCGAGAUCACGAAGACACAAAGCGGGCAGUAGAAGACUUUCUGAAGAACGACGGCCCCGGGAUACAGGAGAAGCUCAUUGAGUGGGCCCAGGACAAAGCCAGCUACAUCGAAGACUUUUGGUACGAAUCGUAUCUGUCGCAUUCAGAUCCUGUCGUGCUCGCCUUGAAUCCGUUCUUUGUACUCGAAAAUGAUCCCACCCCAGACCGUGGCUCGCAGCUGCCCCGGGCAGCUUCUCUGAUUCUGUCAUCGCUUGGGUUCAUCCAUGAUCUUCGGGCUGGGAUGCUCGAGCCGGACUCCGUGCGUGGCGUGCCCCUCGACAUGGAUCAGUACACCCGGCUCUUUGGCACAGCGCGGCUACCCACAGAACGCGGGUGCAGAAUGGAAACCUAUCCCGAAGCCAGGCACAUCGUUGUCCUCCGGCGAGGCCAGUUCUACUGGUUCGACGUCCUGGACGGAGAGAACCGGCCCGUGCUCACGGAGCGAGAGAUCCUGCGGAACCUGCAGGCGAUCGUUGCCGACGCUGACCAGCUGCCCGUGCACGAGGUCGCAAAAAACUCGAUCGGCAUCCUCUCGACAGAAAACCGCAAGAUCUGGUCGUCCCUUCGCAAGGCCCUCAUUCGCAAUCGCAACAACGAGUCCUGCCUCGAGGUCAUCGACAAUGCGUUGUUUGUCGUCUGUCUCGACGACGCGACGCCGCACAACUUGGCCGAGCUCUGCAACAACUUCCUGUGUGGUACCUACAAUUUGAAGGGCGGCGUGCAGAUUGGAACGUGCACGAAUCGGUGGUACGACAAGCUGCAAAUCAUCAUCACUGCAGAUGGUGCAGCGGGUAUCAACUUUGAGCACACCGGCGUCGAUGGACACACCGUGCUGCGAUUCGCUGCAGAUAUCUUUACCGAAGGCCUGAUGCUUCUGGCUCGAUCCAUCAACCCGUCCGCCCCGACGCUCUUCCACGCUCCCCUAUCGCCCUACGCCAGGUCCUACAAGCCGCCUCGCGGACACCAGAAACAGCCACCGACGCCCAGCUACCUCAUCGAUACUGCACCCAAGAAGCUCGAGUGGACGCUCUACCCAGAGCUGCGCGCUGGCAUCCGCUUCGCCGAGACACGCCUGAGCGACCUGAUCUGCCAGAACGACUGCCAGGCGCUCGAGUUCAAGGGCUACGGCAAGGACUUCAUCACGAGCCACGGCUUCAGCCCGGACGCGUUCGUGCAGAUGGCCUUCCAGGCGGCGUACUACGGGCUCUACGGGCGCAUCGAGUGCACGUACGAGCCCGCGAUGACCAAGGCGUUCCUGCACGGCCGCACCGAGGCGAUCCGCACCGUGCAGCCGCACAGCGUCGAGUUCGUCAAAACCUUCUUCUCCGACGCGAGCCCGCAGCAGAAGGCCGCGGCGUUGCGGAGCGCGUGCCAGGGGCACGUCCGGCUCACAAAGGAGUGCUCGCAGGGGCUCGGCCAGGAUCGCCACCUGUACGCGCUCUACUGCCUCCUGCAGCGCGAGCGCGAGGCCACCGGGGCGCUCGACGACCGCCCGCUCUCGCCCGCGAGCAGCGACUCGGGCUACAGCGGCUCGGGCGGGGGCAGCGGGAGUGGCGGCGGAUGCCACAAGGCGCCGCUGCCCGCGAUCUUCACGGACCCGGGCUGGCAGCUGCUCGGGACGAGCAUCCUGAGCACGAGCAACUGCGGGAACCCGGCGCUGCGCCUGUUCGGCUUCGGGCCCGUCGCCGCGGACGGGUACGGGAUCGGGUACAUCAUCAAGGACGACGGGCUCUCGGUCUGCGCGUCCUCGAAGCACCUCCAGACCCGCCGCUUCCUCGACACCCUCCAGGGCUACCUCCAGGACGUCCAGCGCCUCCUCACGCAGCUCCACAUGGCCGCGAACCCGCGCUCGGAGCCGUUCGUCGACCACGCCGGCGUCCUGCGCGACUCGAGGACCGGCCGGCCGAUCAACGGCCGCGCGAGCCCGGAGGCGAAGGAGGAGGACGUCGCCGUCGACGACGGCGACUUCAUGCCAGCCGGCUAUUCCUUCUUCGACAGCGGCGACGUCGAGCUGCUCGGCCGGCGGAAGCGCGCGCCCGCGUACUACAACACUGGUUCGUUCUCUCGUCAUUGUCGUGUCUUCCCACUUGCUCACUUGGUCGCUCAGGCAAAGUGA